AUGCGGAUCACGCGCGCUGCCUCUCGGGCGACCGCCAAGCGCCGCGCGAUCGCUGCACGAGCAGCUGCGAACAGUGAUGAGCCCGUCAUCAUCGUCGGCGGAGGGAUCAACGGAUGCUCCAUCGCGUACCAGCUGUCGCUGAAGGGCCGCAAGGCGAUCGUCAUCGAGCGCUCUUCCAUCGCGGCGAGCUCGUCGGGGAAGGCUGGUGGGUUCCUGGCACGCGGGUGGGGGGACGGCGGAGUGACGCAGGCGCUGCACCGCGUCAGCUUCGACCUGCACGCCCAGCUCGCCGAGACGCUUGGAAUCGAGUCCUACCGCAAGAUCCCUGUUUUGUCGGUGCAGCCUGAGGGCGGGGGCCUGUUCCGCAUGGGCGUGGGCAGCGGCGUGCAGCCGGCGUGGCUCAGCGGCGACGGCGUGAGUGCGCGCAUGCUCGACGCGGACGGCGGUGCGCAGGUCGUGCCGCGUGAGCUGACGGAGAAGAUGUUUGCUGCGAGCGGCGCGGAGCUGGUCACAGGUGCUGCAGAGGGGCUCGAGAUGAGCGACGACGGAACGUGCGAGGGCGUGAGCGUGCGGCACGAGGACGGCAGCGUGUCGAUCGUGCGCGGCGCGCAGGUCGUCGUGGCGAUGGGGAUCUGGAGCGUGUUGCUCGAGGACUGGCUCGGGUCCGACUGGAUCAGCGUUCCCAUGGAGGGCAUCAAGUCCACGUCGCUGGUGUUCGACGGCGGCGACGCGGUGCGCCAGGAGCCGUACGCCCUGUUCACCGCCGAGGACUCCAACGGGUGCCACCUCGAAGUGUAUCCACGCCCGGACGGUACUGUUUACAUUUGCGGCAUCGGGGGCUCGGACUACGUGCGUGGGUCGCGGCUGCGCGCCGGGGGGGACUGCGAGAAGCCCGAGUACGUGCACGAGGACCCUUCGCGCGUGGCGGCGGGCACGGCGAGCUUCACGGCGAUGGCGCCGGGGAUGGCGGGGAAGGAGCCGCUGGCCCAGGCCUGUAUGCGGCCGUGCGCGUCCGACGCGCUGCCGAUGAUCGGCGGCGUGCCUGGCACCACGAACCUCUUCCUGGCGACGGCGAGCAACUGCUGGGGCAUUCUCUGGGGCCCGGUCGUGGGCCUCGCCAUGGCGGAGCUGCUCACGGAGGGGGAGUCCAAGUGCGUCGACUUGACGGCGUUCAGCCCGGGCCGCUUCAUGCGCCGCAAGACUGGGCGCGGGCGCAAGAUGGGCAGCGUGCCCACGGGCGAGCAGUGGUGA